CGAAGAUCCAUUGCGGGACUCGGUUAAAGGUGCGAUCGCACGAUGUAACAAGGCGGGGGUCGACGUCCGCAUGGUCACCGGGGAUAAUAUCGAUACUGCAGUGGCCAUUGCCAAGCAGUGUGGAAUUUUGCGACCGGGCAUUGACGUUGAUAUCGAUUCGGGAGACUUGGCGACUCCACAGGUAGCCAUGACGGGUGCUGAAUUUAGGCGACAAGCCGUGGACCCGGCGACGGGGCGGAUACGGAAAGAUGCAUUUGAUAAUAUGUGGCCAUACCUCAGGGUGCUCGCGCGCAGCAGUCCCACAGAUAAGUACGUCCUAGUGUCAGGCAUAAUGAAUUCCGACCUCUACCGGCAAGGCACCGCAGUACGGGAUCUUGGAAUUUUCCCGGACAGACAAGUAAUCACUCGUAAUUGCUGGGGAGGUUCAGGAUUCAACUACAGCAGUUGUAUGAUGUAACGAUUUUCAUUUUCUUUUCGUUCUGCUUGAUGAAAAUAUAACCGACCACGAAGGUAGUUGCGGUCACAGGCGACGGCACAAACGAUGCGCCAGCUCUGAAGAAAGCAGAUGUGGGAUUUGCAAUGGGCAUGACCGGAACGUCUGUCGCCAAGGACGCAAGUGACAUCGUGAUUACGAACGAUGAUUUCGCAGCAAUCGUGGAGGCUUGUAAAUGUUAUGAGUACGCUCUCUUGUGGCAUUAGCAAAAAAAUGAAAAUUCAUGAUGACUCUGUAUUUUGCACAAGGAGCAGGAAGAUCUUCAUCUUCUGAGAGUCCUGUAAUGUCUACUAUCAGGCACCAAGAAUGUCAAAAUAAGUGCUCUAAGGCCAGGGUCGCAAUGUCUAUGACAGUAUAUCCAAGUUUUUGCAGUUCCAGCUCACAGUAAAUAUAGUUGCCGUGACGCUCGCGUGUCUUGGAGCUGUAACGACAGGUGGGUCUCCGCUUUCAGCCACGCAAAUGCUCUGUAUGGAUGUGUAGUUUUCUAGACUUCCUUGAUAAGAUUCUCCUGCUGCUGAGUUCGCGUUUACUUAAUCAAAGAAGCACCAGACUUUCCAGCUAGAAAUAUAUUGGCUCUCAAAAAGCGUACAUAAGCGGGCCACCACUACCGCACGGGUAAGAGUAUGCUUUAGAAGGAUGGAUAACACCAACUUUCAUAGUUUGGGUGAAUUUGAUCAUGGACUCGCUCGGAGCGUUGGCGCUUGCCUCCGAAGCACCGACCGAGGACCUUCUCGAGAGGCCACCAUAUGGAAGGAAUGCGGGUCUCUUCAGUCCUGAAAUGAAGUACUAAGAAUUUUGAGUUUCAUAUUCGUAAUGAUUAACGCCCACCGCUUGUGGCUGCAGUUCUUCUCAAGUUUGUACUAUUUCAACAGUGGAGACCUCCCGUGAUGUUGUCUUUCUCUUUGUUGUUCGUUCUCGCAUCAGCAGCAUCUUAGAAGAGUAUCACAAGCAUACAGGUUCCACAUGGCAGGGGAGUCCGCAUACCAGCUUGCUAUCCUGAUCGCUAUGCUUUACGGGGCUGGGCCGACCGGCAAGGGAGAAGUGUGUGAUAUGCGUGCGCCAUAUGAUUAUGGAAAGCAGCUAUACUAGGGCUUGAAAACAAGGAUCGCAGCAGAAGAUGAAAACUCAGUUGCGUAGUUGUCGAGCUUGAGGAACAUAAUUUAAUACAUGUCGUGGUCUUAAGAUUUCAAUCUAAGAAAAACCUCCCAUGGAUUGCACCGCGUGCGGUGGGUGGUUGGACAUACCAAGUGGCAUUGAUCGCGCACUAAAGAGCGAUGCGCCGACACAGCACUACACAUUGAUCUUCAAUACCUUCGUGAUGAUGCAGUUGUUCAACUGGAUCAACUGUCGGAAAAUCUAUAAUAUGGCGCACCGGAACUUACUGUUUCUUGCUGUUAACUAAUUUGAGUCCUAUCUGCUUAUUUUCCUAUUCAUUGCCACCUUCAUGAAGACCACAGAGUAGAGGCUUCCGUGGUACCUAUGUGUAUCAUGAUAUAAUUUAUUAGCAGUUUUGAUAGAGGUUGAGGUAGUACAACGUCUUGGUCUUGUUGCUAGGCAAAUGAAAUCAUCGCUCACUUUUGAGCAGCAGCUACUUAUAAUAUAGCAGAUCUGGCUUUAGCCAACAAAAAGAUUCAUUUUGUACGAAUGGAACGUGUUUCGGGGUCUAGAACGAAAUCCAAUAUUUGUGUCGAUUUGGCUUGUGUGUUUUGGGACGCAGGUACUCAUUAUUGAGGUUGCAGGGAUAGGCAGAACCGGCAACGCCCUCCUUUGUGAAAGUAUCAACCGUGCGUUUAAGACAGUGGGGCUGCGGUCGUGGCAGUGGGCGCUAUCUCUGGGCCUUGGCGCUGGGAGUCUUGUCUGGCGACUCGUUCUUCUCGUUUUGAUGAAGCUAUUUCUCCCAAAAUCCGCAGCACCACAAAGUGGCACCCGUCCCUUAUGAGCAAUGAAGUUGCUGGAAAAAAGCUCCAUCUCCAUCAUAGUAUAAACAACUACAAGCAUCUUAGAUACCUGAUAGAUAUGUAUUGAUCCUUCAUUUUCAUUUUUCGAUUCGCUGCUUUCUGGAGAUGAGGCGCGAAUGGCUGCGGGUGACCGACCGUAUCGUACCCGCAAGGAGGGCACCAGUGGGUCCGCGGCACCAAAAGACAGAGUGCCGACUAAUGUAGGCGACGGGGAAGCCGACGUGGAGGCAAUAACUCUGAGCGUGUGCCCGGAAGUGCUUGGUGAGGGCGCAUCGCCUGCUUCGCCAGGAGGAACGAAUAGCUUGACUCGAGUUCCAAGCAUGACAAGGCUUUACCGGAGCAACAGCCUUGCUUCGGGAAUCCGGCAAGCAGAACGAGUCGCGGCCAGCAGGGAAGCAUACCUGCAGGGAUCUAGUCUCCAAAGCGACCUAAAUCGAAACAAAACGGUCGAGCUCUUUAAAAGGAGCAACUCGUAGUCAGCGACCCUUAUAAUUUCAACUUGUUUUACGUACUGUAAAUAAGAGUCCCAUUUUCUGAUGUGAUGACAUAAACAUCUCUCUGUCCCACCUUAAAUUUACUCGGGUACGCUUUAGCCAAAUAGAUAACCACAAUUACGCUCGUCAUCAUGAUCUCUAUCUUUUGUGCUGCUGCCUAUCCCCUUUAGUAAGCAUUUCUUUUCCUCUUUAGUAAACAGUUCACCGGAGGGUCUCGCCGCGUUUGCGGGGCGCGGUGCUCUGUCUUGAUGUAGGAGUAGGUUACCGAAUUUGUAGCUCUUUCGCGGCGCUUCUUUGAUUCUCAAUAUCGCAAUCGUCUCGUGUUGUGUGCUAUAUGCCGCGCUGCGCAGGCAUUUUUGUUUUCUCGAAAUUAACUUUCUUCUAAUUCAGUGAGAAGAUUGCUGUCGAGCAAGUAACGAAUACUUGGUUUUGUUGAGAUGAUGACAAAACAACUGAGUUCUUUUAGCUGGAGCAGCCUUAUUCCUCUGUCCUAGUUGAUUUAUCUCACUCGGAUAUGAUCAUCAAUUUUCAAUCCGAUUUUCCUUCUAGCUUCUUGAUGUGUCAUAUACAGUCAGAAGCAUGGAUACUUUACUGUUGGGCGUCUUCAUGUACAGGACCACAAGCCCUAGAUUUCCUGAGAAUGCGUAGCAACAGCUACGGUUACAACUCUGAAUUACUGAGCGCGAUCCUUGACUACGUUACGACUAGCACUACUUAGAAUCGAAUUUCAUUCAUCAUCAUCGCUCGGCGAGUGACCGAUGUGUGAAAUUGGAUAGACGAAGGACGAAGCAUAGCGACAGCGUGAAUACUCUUGCAACAGAACAAGUGCUUUCUGCAGCCCUCUUGUGUGAAUUUCCUUUCUUUUUGUUCGCAACGCUACUGCCUGCUCGGCUACAACGACAU